AUGAAAGGAGCAGACAACACUCCCUUGAAGAUUUUGGAGUUGAAGCCAGAAUCCUCAGAAGUGGAGAUUCUCAAAGAUAACUUGGACAAAAUAAGUGUAAAGCUCAAUGAAUCAGGAGCCAGCUAUGUGUCCAUAAUUGCGGUUAUGGGGACGUACCGCACUGGCAAAAGCUUCCUGCUCGAUUUGCUGGCCCGCUAUUUGAAGAAAAAGGCCGCGAAAGAAGCCGCACAGGAGCGGGCACUGGAGAAGGCGCAGCUUGACGCUUUGACUCAAGUCAUGGCAGUUCUCACUGCUGUGAUCUCGCUUCUUCCAGCCGCACUAGCUCAGCAACAGGCCGGCGGAUCAUAUCAGAGAUACCUCGACCAAUACGCUGGUGAUUACAACAAGUACAUUGGCAGCGGUGGAUCUGCGGGUGGGUCUGGAUUUGGCAAGUAUUAUCAGAAAUACAUGGAUCAGUAUUCCGAUUACACCAAGUACAUGAAUGGAGGCCGUGCGGGCGGGAAUGGGUACGAGUCAUUCCUCAGCCAGUAUGCAGGAAAUUUCAUGUCUGGUGAUAAGGCACAGACCACGAAGAACACGAACAUGGUGCAUGGGCCCACUGGGCCUACUCCGGCUAGCCCUGUGAGCCCUGUGGCGCUAGUGGCAGCUGACCAGCAUGCGCAGGCAAAUGAUGGCCACGCAAAGUCCUACAUGGACUUUCAGAGGUAUCUUCAGGGUCAUGGGUCAGAAAGCGGAGACUUCUCUCACUACAUGAAUCAGUAUGCAGGGAACCAGCAGAAAGCUGAAGCGGCGGGCUCGGAAACAGGAGGCUUCUCAAACUUCAUGGACCAGUAUGCGUCUGACUACCAGCAGUACAUGCGCGGCCAUGGCUCUCCGGGACAUCCUGCGCAAGGUGGGGCUUCGUUCGCCCAGUACAUGGACCAAUAUGCGGACUUCCAGAAGUACAUGCAAGGACAGGAUUCACAUGGUGGCCAGUAUGGGAAAUAUUUCAAGCAAUAUACCCAUGGACAAGGUUCACCAGGCAGUGGAGACUACCAACAGUUUUUGGAUUUCCAGCACUACAGUGGCCAAGGAGGUGACUUCUCCAAGUUCAUGAAUGAGUAUGCGAGUGACUACUCCAAGUACAUGGGGCACGGCUCACAAUCACAGGGCUCGCAUGGCUCCCAGGCCGAAGACUUCAUGGCGCAAUAUGCAGAUUACACGAAGUACAUGCAGCGCAUGCAGCAGGGUGGCUCGCCGGGAGAAAGCUACAUGGCCCAAUACAUGGGCCAAGAUGGCCAAACAAGCCAAGGUGGUGGUUCGGACUACUCCAAGUUCAUGGACCAAUAUGCGAGUGGCUUCGCAAACAUGGGGCAAGGCUCGGCACGUACUGACAGCGCCAAGGCAGACGUGAACUAUCAGAAGUUUAUGCAGGGGCAGGCUUCACAUCCUGGGGACUUUUCUCGUUACAUGGCCAAGUAUGCAGACUACCAGAAAUUCAUCCAGAGCCAGGCCAACAAGGAAGGCACCGCAGGAAACUCCAAGCACAAGUCUGAUACUCUGGCCAAGAAGGAUUCAGCCUCGUCAGAUAGCAGUGCGACUGCAUCACCAGCACUUCUUGCAGCCGAAACUGCAAGCCAGCCGCCAGAUUUUAAGACUGCUGGCGCAGUUUCUGCAGACUUUCAGCAUUUUUUGCAGAAUCGAAAUUUUGGGAAUUAUACUGGUGCCUUGGACAGGUACAUGAGCACCAGGGGAAGCGAAGCUGCAGGGGACUUUGGAAAGUAUUUCAGUGAGUACAAAAACUUCGAGCAGAACAAGGGCAAACACGAGUCAGCUGAUUUCCAGCACUACAUGAAAGGUUAUGCAGAUGCUUACGCAACGCAUGUGCAAGAGCGCGGCGAUCCAGUUGCGCCGGUAACAAGCGCCGAAGGCAAGUCAGCCGGAUUUCAGAAGUACAUCGCUCAAUAUGCUGGCAACUAUCAGAAGUACAUGCAGGCACAACCGUCUGCGGCUAGCACGCCCACUCUUCUUGCUGCUGGGUCGUCCGUCCAGCCUGCGGAACCAACCCAAGAGCAGCAACGAGAGGAGGAGAAGCUGCAGAAGGAGCGCCAGCGUCUCCAUGCCGAGCUGCAAUCCGAGAAGGACCGCCUUGGUGUUGAGUUACAGACGGAACACGCGCAGCGUCAGGAGGAGAAGGAGCACUUGCGUGCCGAGCUGCAGGCGGAGCAGCAGCAAACAGAGGAGCACCAGGCAACCCAGGCACAUGCAAAACUUGCUCAACCUGCUGUUUUGGUGCAGAGCGCUGGUUCCAAGAUCGUGAAGGUCUCCCCGAUGUUCUUGUGCCUCCUUGUGGCGGGUGGGGCGUGCGCCCUGCUGGAAGCCUACCUGUCCUUGCCCUGUGUCGGUGUCCCUUUCCAUCUUUUGAAGAGAUGCCACCGCUUCCUUGUGCCUAGAGUUCCUAUGUUUUUCUACUCGGAUCCCUUCCUGGACUCUCUGCCCUGGAGAGAGCCGGCUCCUGCACCGACAGAUGACGGCUGGCGUUUCGGCGAGGAAGAUCGAAAGAAGAACAAGCCCCCAGAUUGGGUGCUGGAAGGCGAUGCCUCCCGCAUCCACGAGGGGUCGAAGUUGGACGAAGCUUGCUCCGGCUUUGCAUGGCGUCCUGGAAAGGACAAGUGCACGCAAGGCAUCUGGCUUUGGAGUUCUCCCUUCGUUUUCAGAGAUCAGGAGGGCCGCAAAAUCGCAGUGCUCCUGAUGGACACGCAAGGCGCUUGGGAUGAUACCAUGACCAAAGCACAGAGUGCCACCAUCUUCGGCUUGACAGCCUUGCUUUCGUCAAAGCUGAUAUACAACAUCCAGAACCGCGUGGAGGAAGACAAGUUGGAGAACAUGGACUACAUCACCACGUUCGCGCAAACUGUUUGCAGUGACCUUCCAGGCAAAGAUGCGCCGUUUGGGCACCUGGAGCUGCUCGUGCGAGAUUGGGUGAACUAUGAGGAUGGGUUCAACAUCGGCGAAUGCAAGGAGCAGAUGCGGGAACACCUGGAUGAUCACCUCAGUGAGAAGAAGGUGCCAGAGGACGCCAAACCGCGGGUCGAGCGCCUCAAAUCCACCUUCCGCAGCAUAGCAGCCUGGGGCCUACCUCAUCCUGGCUUGAAGGUGACAAAGCCCACAUACACGGGAGAGAUAGAGGCGAUCGACAGCGACUUCCUGUACUUGUUGGACAAGUUCAGCGAUCAGUUUUUCGGGGGCGGAAAGUUUCCACAGCCGUCAGCUCCCCUGGGCUGUGAGAUCACCACGACAGGUUUCCAGCAGGUUGUCAUGAACUUUGCCAAGGCGUUCAAAGAAAAUGCGCAAGACAUGGCGAUCGGACUGCGAGAGGCUUUCGUGAAAGUAGAGACUGUCUCCGUGAAGGAGGACUUGCACAAACGCUUCAGGGAGACUCUCAAAAAGUUGGCGCCGGAGUCCAGGGUUCUUGACCCUCAGCAGCUCAGACACGAUCUGGAUGGCCUUUUGUCCAGAAUCAUGGAGGAGUUUAAGCUGAAGCUGAAGCCUUGGCGAAUGCCAGAAGGGGAAGAAGAGCAGGCCUUUACAGAUUUUCAGCUGGUGCUUUCUGAGGCUGUCCACCAGAGAAUCUUAGUGAAUGAUCAGCAGGUGGAAGGUGGCACCCUAAAGCUGCUGGCUUCGCCAGUGGUUGGCACUGGCGGCUACUUUCUAUUGGCACACCACAUCCUUUGCGGCUUAGUGAUGGGAGGAGCAUUAUAUUUCGAUGCCAACAAGCAUGCCCAAAGCCAAUCUGCAGAGCUCUACGAUGUCAAGGUCCUGUCCAGUGUGUGGGAAGAUGUGCAACUAUGGACCAUCCAGCGAUGGAAGGACCUGCAGGCGAUCCAAGUAGCCUUGGGCCGUCUCAACCCUCAGGAUGCAGUGCAGACCUUGAUGAAGGCCUCCAAAACUGCCGGUGCGAUUGCCACGCAAGCAGCCGCAGCUGCGAAUCAAGCUGCGACAUCAUCGAAUUCGAACCAGCAGGCGCAUCAAGGGUGA